GGUCAUUGGGUAAGACAACAGAUAUUGCUCUAAUUAAGCGCUCACUAAAUGAAUUUUAUACCCUUGGUGUCGGAGUAAUGGACCAAAACUGUCUUAAACCCCAUGUCCCAUGGCGUGCCGUCGUACUAAGCUGCUGUACAACCCCAGAACUUCGCUUGUGUUACUGUUUUAAAUAUCCAAGUUCACGUUUAUGCUGAGACUACUACCCCUAUGUAAAUAAAGACAAGAGAGCAAGACAUUAAUAAGUAAGCACGUAAAAACUAAUUAGCAUAAGAUUAAUUAACUCUUUUACUAAAACGGUCGCCUAAGCUUGAUAAAAAAACAACGACAAGUUACCAACAAAGCGAUUUUCAGUGGCCAUUGGUGACUGUGAAGAAGUACGUAGCACGGAUUUACACAUUUAUUAUAACUCAUGAAGACUUAUGGUGUAUGAGGAUUGAGUGAUUUCAUUUGUAUAACUGAAUGCAUGUGUUUAUUUGUAAACAUACACUACUUUACCUAGGUUUACCUAAAAAUAAUAAUUUAAUUAGGAUUACUGGUAUUAAGGCAUGAGAAAACGGCUUUCAAUGCGUCCCCGCUUAAAUUGUAAUAGCUUGAUACAGGCGUCAAUCGUAAUUGUGUGGAUUUUUUACCUCACACUUAAACAAAUAAACAAACAGAAAAUUACAUCAUGGGUGACAUUUCACCAUUAGACCGUUUGGUCAAGCGUGAACGUUUAGACAAACAUAGAACAAGGAGCUCAAGCAUUGGAAAUGACGUCAUUACUUCUUGUUUGUGUUUCUCUCUCUGUGUGUGCAGCUAUUUUUGUACAAACUGAUAUGAAACAAACUGAAAUGAAAAUGAAUUUAGGAAAUAAACAAAUCAAAACUCGUUUUGAAAUGUAUACGCCUUUGAUUUAUCGGUCAUUGGAACAUUUGUACUAGCAUGUUAAUGAUCGACUAUGAACUUAUCGUUAAUGUUUGACUUUAAAUAACAAUACGUUAUCACCUGUUGCAGGUAAUUACGCGUGCAAUGUAGUUUGUUGUUGCAGCUAAUUGAAAACGUUUAACAACACGCAGCAAACGAUGGCGAAUAGGAAACUAUCACGACAAUCGUCUAACUCAGCAGCUACCGGACUCUCAUUAUUUGAGGAAAACGAGAUGAGGGAGAUUUCAUCCGAUGAUGAUGUAAACAGUAAGCAAGAAAACUUUGAACUAAGACAAAGCAUCAGUUUGGCUGGAGGCGUCGCUCUAAUAGCAGGGACGAUGGUUGGGUCAGGAAUAUUUGUUUCCCCUGUUGGUGUGCUUGCUGGGUCAAACGGAAGUGUUGGGUUAAGCUUAGUUCUGUGGGCUGGGUGUGGUAUGAUAGCGAGUUUGGCAUCGCUGUGUUAUUGCGAGUUGGGUUCAAGCAUCCACGAGUCCGGAGGCGAAUAUGCGUAUCUAAAUAAAGAGUAUGGUUCAGUCGCUGCUUUCACGUUUUCAUGGACUUCUUGCAUCAUGACAAGAGGUUCUGGUAACGCAGCAAGUAUCAUCGUAUUUGGAAACUACUGUGCGGGAGCUUUCUACACAGGAUGCAAGCCACCAGAUGUUAUAGUAAAGUUGUCAUCGAUAGUUAUUCUGCUUUUCCUCUCGGUAUUGAACUAUGUCAGCGUAUCUGCUUCAUCCAAGUUGAUGCAGCUGCUUACUUUUGCAAAAUUCGUUGCUAUGUCGGUGAUAGUAGUGGGUGGUAUGGUAAGACUCUGCCUCGGAGACGAAGUUGGACUGAACAACCUAAAUAAUGCCUUUCGACAAGAAGAUAUGGCUGGCAUUGGGUUUUCUCAGAUCGGCUUGGCAUUAUACCAAGGCUUAUGGUCAUACGAAGGUUGGAAUAACCUCAACUACAUUACAGAAGAAGUGAAGAACCCGAAGAGAAAUCUUCCGCUUGCUAUAGGAAUCUCUUUACCGUUGGUCACAUCGUUCUAUAUUCUCGUCAAUAUUUCAUAUUUUGCGGUCCUUACGCCGACGGAAAUGCUUGCAUCAGAUGCAGUAGCAAUUACAUGGGGUUACCGUGUGUUAGGCUCUGCUGGUUGGAUCAUGCCACUUUCAGUUUGUCUCUCGGUUAUCGGUGCCGUCCAUGGUAGUUUUCUAACAGGCGGAAGGCUCCCGUUUGUCGCUGCAAGACGAGGCCAUUUACCUCAGAUACUUGCUAUGGCUAGUACAAACUAUUACAGCCCAGCGACCUCCAUCAUUUUCACGACAAUCCUGACUAUUAUAUUUCUAAUUCCCAACGACUUCGAUACUCUAUUGAACGCAUUCAGUUUCACAGUCUGGUUGUUUUACGGUUCCAGCAUAGCAGGAGUCAUCGUACUAAGAAUAACUCAUCCAGAUAUGCCGAGACCAUACAGGGUGCCAAUCUUGAUACCAGUUAUAAUGGUAGUGAUCGCUUUAUAUUUGAUAAUCGCCCCUCUGAUUGACAGUCCUGAUAUAUUAAUUCUGUAUGCCGCCAUCUUCAUAAUGAUUGCACCCUUCGUGUUUUACAUUUGCGUGCACAAGAAGAUACAUCUUCCAGGUUUGGACAGGCUGACUGUACUACUGCAGCAGUUUCUCGAAGUAGCACCGACAGAUUGGGACAAAAUGUCUUGAAAUUUUCAGUUAUUUUUUUAACUUAUAGGAAGGGUUUAAGCAAAAAAAGCUUAACGUGUUUAAACAGCAGUUUACCGAUACUGGGUUGAUUAUAAAUUAAAUGAAUAUACCUAAUGACUUUUCCUUGUGUGAGGUAUA